GCUUUGACCUAGGUGCAGUUUAAUCAAUAAAUUGCAGUUACACCCAUCGGAACUAAAACUACAUUAUUGGCGAAUUUUGUUUUUUUUUUUUGUGUGAAUCAUGGGGCGUUUGUUCCUUCAGCUUAGUGUACUAAUUGCAAGUGUAUUUAUUUUGGCGAUAAACGGGGAAAAGAAAAUUGUUUGUUAUGUGGGCACGUGGGCAGUGUACAGACCCGGUCGGGGUAGCUUCAACAUAGAGCAUAUUGACCCAUUUAUGUGCACCCAUCUAAUGUACUCAUUCUUCGGCAUCAAUGAAGACGGAACAGUGCGCAUUAUUGACCCCUACUUGGAUCUCGAGGAAAAUUGGGGCCGGGGUCACAUAAAGCGCUUCAACGCGUUGAAGGGUGUGAAUCCGGCGCUGAAAACAAUUGCCGCCGUCGGCGGUUGGAACGAGGGCUCGGUCAAAUUUUCCAAUGUCGCGGCCAAUCCGCAACUGCGCCAGCGUUUCACGCAAGAAGCGGUUGCCUUUUGCCGGCAGCACAAUUUCGAUGGAAUCGAUCUGGACUGGGAGUAUCCAGCGCAGCGCGGCGGAAACAGUGCGGUCGAUAAGGAAAAUCAUGCAGUGUGGCUAGAGGAAAUGCGAAUUGUAUUUGACCGCGAAGGUUUACUGCUGAGUGCAGCAGUAGCGUCAGCAGAGUUUUCCUCUAGUAUAUCGUAUGACAUCCCACGAGUGGCCGCGGCACUGCACUUCAUCAACGUGAUGACGUACGAUAUGCAUGGAGCCUGGGAAAACACCGCCGGUAUAAAUGCCCCUCUCUACAAGGGUCCCGCCGAUCGAACGGAAAUACAAAAACAACUGAACGUUAAUGCCAGUGUACACUACUGGCUUUCACAGGGAGCCCCAAAGGAAAAGCUUAUCUUAGGCAUUCCGCUGUACGGUCGAUCAUUCACACUGGCGAAUCCCGACCUUACAGAUAUCGGAGCACCAGUCACAGGUCCGGGUUUGGCAGGAGAACAUUCCCGAGAACCUGGCAUAUUGGCAUACAAUGAGUUUUGUGAAAAGCAGCUGCAAGAACCGUGGAAAAUUUGGUUCAGUAAUGAACAACAAGCGUAUUAUGCAACCAAAGGCAACCAGUGGUUGGGUUACGAGGAUGUGAACUCAGUUGCACUCAAGAUGCAAUUUAUGCUGGAUUUGGAUCUCGGAGGAGCCAUGGUGUGGUCUUUGGAGAGCGAUGAUUUUCACGGACAGUGCAGCAGUCAAAAAUAUCCACUAAUGAAUGUUAUUUAUGCAGCGAUUAAUAAUGGUGCAGCGCCACCAACUACGCCCGUUCCGUCCACUCCAUCAGCCGCUACGACUACGACUACCACUUCUAAGCCAGGAGUCGCACCGGAUUGUGAGACUGAAGGCAUACACCCGAAUCCGGACAAUUGUCAAGACUAUUACAUCUGCACGACCGAAGGACACCGAUACGACUUUUCGUGUCCGGCAGGACUUCUGUUCGAUCCGGUACUCAAUGUUUGCAACUGGCCAGACCAAGUUGAUUGCCAAGCAAACAAUGAGCUUUAACUCGGUUAUAGUCUAUCCGAAAUAAGCAAGGAAAUUCUUUCAAUUAUUUAUCCAUUAUCUGUUAGUUUAUUUAUGCAAGUCGUAAUAAAAAGAUUUAAUCGAAUAUAAAAAAUUACAUACUUAAUAGGCCUUUGUUGCAACCAAAACUUUGCAACCUAUAUUAUUUAGUUAGUGUGUUUCAAAAUAUUUGAAAAUAACUAAACGCCUAAGUGGACAGCCAAACGUACGACGCGACCUCACGCAACCGUUCACAGCUUUUUUUUAGUAGGUACUUACUCAAUACGGACGUUCCGCCGCCGUGAACGGCGAGUUAGCUCCUUUACGACCAGUCGCAAAAGCAGUAGCAGUGCCAGAAUGUCCGACACAAUGAGCAUGUAGAAAACGUUUUGCCACCCGGACGAUGACACCAGGCCGGCGAAAAGGGGCCCAACAGCCGCUCCUGUGAUUGAAGAUGAAGGUGAGCGUUUGUAUUUCAAAAGUGACCAUAACUAAAUUUAGUAUGAGCCAGUAUUUGUUUCUAUUUUUUUUUUUAAAUCUUUACACUAGAUAUCACAGUUUGCGUGUUUGAAAAUGAAAACUUUUAUUUUUCAUAUUGAGAAUUUUUUUGCUUGUUAUCAAAUUGUGAAAACGAAAUAAUUGUGAAAACGAAAAUAAUUUUUAAAAAAUCUAUAAAGCGGUAACAGACAGGCCACUUAAAUUCUAACUUCAUUUUUGGAUAGAAAAUUUACAAAAAAAAUACAGUGAUUGACAGUAUAAACAUUUUAGGACUUCAUACUUACCUAUUGAACCAGUUCCAUCGAUGAUGGCGGUAACAGUCGCUAGUGCUUUAGAGUUUCCAUUUAAAGAACUGUGCUGACCUUAAAAGUAGAGAAAAAGGAAUAAUCAUGAUUUCGGUUUAUUUCUUUGAUGAAAGAUGAUAAAUGAAUUUCAUAAUUUAUACGCCUAGCACAUAUAUCCCACUUGAAUUACAUAAAGAAUUUAAAUUAAAAUUUGGCGUAACUCUACUCACUUGGGCUGAAAUAGUGAAUACAAUAAUCUUGAAAAAAACGUCGUCGGUUGCGUACAAGAAACAGGUGACAAAAAUUUCUCUUGGUGGCUUAGUUGCACAUUGCUUGAAGAAAACUGUACUAGUUUGCUGUUAAACUUACCUAGUUCAGCACUGACGGAAGUAGUGAUAAGAGCGUAAGGGCCGUUCACGAGCACCCCAGCCAGAAAUAGCAGGCAAAUGUUAAAAGACAACGAGACCGCGCCAAGCUUUUGAUAAACUAGCAACUAUAAAGUAAACAUUGUCAACUCUGGAAACUGAUUUUUCACUGGGGCAAACUAGUUACCGUCGGUGCGGCCAAGAACAGCAUUCCCGAGCAGGUAGUUGCAGACAUCCCGGUAGAAUCUGAGAUCAAGCCGGCCGCUAUAGCUCCAACGAUACCGCCAAUAUCAAACAACGUAGAUAAAUCAGCACUCAGCUCAGCACCCAAAGUAGCUGCAGAAUAUAAUAGUCAUGAAUAAGAAACUUAUCAUCUUCUGACACCAUUUUACUUACUGGAAGAUUGAAUGUAUAGUGGAAGCCAAUAUAAAAAUGUAUAACUGACUAGCUUGGAGAAAAACAGACUUAGAGAGAACUCGAUUACACCCGGAAUUUUAAGUGCUCCUGCAAAACCUAUUGCAUCCUCCUGUACGGGAGCACGAUUAAUACUGCCUAUGAUUGGUGUCCGUUCAUUUGUAUCCUAGAAUUGGCGUUAUGUUAGUUGCUUAAAAUAAUCAUUGUCUAAGCAACAUGCAUCGGCACGCUAUGGAAAAGCCAUAUGAACUUACAACGUUAGAAUAAAAACUGCCGUGUAAACUUCUUAACGAAGGAUUUUCCUACAUAUUAUGUUA